AUGGAAGAUGAAAAUGCACAGCCCAAAUUUAAGAGAAUGUAUAUUAGGUAUAAUGCACAAAAACUUGGGUUUUUGGGAGGUUGUAGACCAAUCAUUAGUUUAGAUGGGUGCCACUUGAAAGGGAGAUUUGGGGGGCAAAUACUUUCUGCCAUAGCUAGAAAUGCAAAUGAUAAUAUUUUCCCAGUUGCAUUUGCUGUUGUUGAGCAAGAAAACAAAGAUUCAUGGGGCCUUAUACCUGCAAUUGAGAUGUUGUUCCUAACUUGUGAGCAUAGGUAUUGUGUGAAGCAUAUCUAUAAUAAUUUCAAAGUGGAUCGUAAGGGCUUAGAGUUGAAGGAUGCACUGUGGAGAUGUGCUGGAGCCACAACAAUCAGGGAGUUUGAGAGAAGAAUGCAGGAAAUGAAGGAUUUGGAUGUCAAGGCAUGGGAGUAUCUUGCUAACAUCAACCCUGCACAAUGGUCUAAGUCUUACUUUAGUAGUAGAGUUUUGUGUGAUUGUUUAGCUAAUAACUUGAGUGAGUCUUUUAAUGCCAUGAUCUUAGAAGUUAGGGAUAAUCCAAUUUUAGCAAUGUUGGAGUGGAUUAGAGUUAGGCUCAUGACCAAACAAUACAAAAAGAUGAGAGGUAUAGCAAAAUACACUGGAAAAGUUUGUCCUAAUAUUCAAGACAAAUUAGAGAAGUUAAAACAUGAAUCUAUACCUUUCAGUGCUACUCCAGCAGGCAGCUUCAUGUAUGAGGUUGACAAUGGUCGUGAGAGACAUGUGGUUGACUUGGCUAAGAAAGCAUGCAGCUAUAGGAUUUGGGAUUUGACAGGACUUCCCUGCAAACAUGGGAUCUCUGCUAUUGUUAAGAACCUGAAGAAAGUGGAGGAUUAUGUGUAUCCUUGUUACUUAAAAGAGACAUUUACUGAAACUUACAAAGAGAUAAUAUAG